UUGGCUUCAGCUCUGUCCCUUCCAUUCACACUGUGUUCUCCUCUCUCUGUGUGUCACUAGUGAGGAAACGCUGUGGUUAUUUCAGCCAGUCAUUUAGAGGCAGCAGCCUGUCUCUCUCUUUCAAUCACUCCCUCGCUCACUCUCACACUCACCACCAUGCAUUCCUUCUCGGCUCCUCACUCCCCCUCUCAUUGUACGCCUGUCCUAUCCUUUCAGAAGAGAGGGAUCAUGCUUCGUCCUUUUCCCUCCUCCUUCUCCUCCUCCUCUUCUUCACUUCCUCACUAUCAUUCUGGGGUCUCUGUAUCAAACGGAGCACUUUCACCAUGUUUUCCUUCUGAGCAGAGCAUUGGAAGCUGUCCCUCUCUUCUCAGCAUGGUGGACUUUUAGAAGCGGGAUUUCCUGGGCUAGGAAGCUUGCACAUCAGCUCUCUACUACCAAAGGUCCUGGUGGGAUGCAAGUCUUAGUGGGACUCCUGCUUUCCUCACAGGACAGCUCACUUCUCCUUGAAGUUUAAGGACAAUCCAAGAAUCUCUUCAUUCUUUUGAUCUCCAACGCUGUAGAUAUCUGGCUUGGUGUAAGAAUGUUUUUCUCUGCAUGUGGCAGUGUGUAGAUUUGGAAGAUUGAAGAUUUGUCUGUGUGUGAGAGAGCAAGAGUGUUUGUGUUGGUCUGUUAAGAUUUGGUUAUGAGUGUGUAAGAGAGUCUGUGUGUGACCGAGUCUGUGUGUGGCUGUGUGUGUUGCUCUGUAUGCAGUGCAGUCCGCUCCCGCUCCUGGUUCUUGACUGGACGGUUUAGCCGACGCUGGAGGGUGAAGGAGACCCCUCCACUGCAGUCCCCUGCUCCUGGAGAACCUCCUCAGUGGCACAGACUAGCCUGAGAAGAGGAGGGAAGAGAAAGAGAAGGGCUGAGAGCCAGGUAUAACAAACAGAAGAGAGAGGUAGAAUGCGAGGGGACUUUUCGACAAAAAAGUGAAGUGCAUGACCACUAAAGGAGACAAAAACCACUUCAGGAGAGACAAAGACACUGCAGACACAUACAACCCAGUGAAGACAGGAGCAAGGCUGGCAAGCAGCCCCUGCAGCCCACCACCACCAACAACAGUACAGCCACCACCAUGCAGGUGUCGUUUGCAUGUUCGGACCAGGACGGAGGAAGAGGAGGGCUGAGGCCCCCGGGGAAUGGAGGGCACAGCAAGCAGAAUGCCACCAGUGCCAACACGGCCAGCCAGGCGCGGGCACGCUUCCGUACGGUGGCCCUCAUCGCCCGCAGCCUGGGCUCCUUUACCAACCGCUACCACCACAACCUCAAGGAGUCCACCGCCAAGCUCACUGGCAUGAAGUAUCGGAACCUGGGGAAAUCAGGCCUGCGUGUCUCCUGUUUGGGCCUCGGUACUUGGGUAACGUUUGGAGGUCAGAUUUCAGAUGAGGUGGCUGAGCAGCUGAUGACCAUCGCCUACGAGAACGGGGUCAAUCUCUUCGACACAGCCGAAGUUUACGCUGGGGGGAAAGCCGAGAUAAUCCUGGGUAACAUCAUCAAGAAAAAGUGCUGGAGGAGGUCAAGUCUGGUGAUCACCACCAAGCUCUACUGGGGAGGAAAGGCGGAGACAGAGAGAGGACUCAACAGAAAGCACAUAAUUGAAGGUCUGAGGAGCUCUCUACAGAGGAUGCAGCUGGAGUAUGUGGAUGUGGUGUUUGCCAACCGGCCCGACAGCAACACCCCCAUGGAGGAGAUCGUGAGGGCAAUGACCCAUGUGAUCAACCAGGGUAUGUCCAUGUACUGGGGAACAUCACGAUGGUCUGCCAUGGAGAUCAUGGAGGCGUACUCUGUGGCUAGGCAGUUUAACCUGAUCCCACCAGUGUGUGAGCAGGCCGAGUAUCAUUUCUUCCAGAGGGACAAGGUGGAGACACAGCUGCCUGAGCUCUACCACAAGAUAGGUGUGGGUGUGGUAUCCUGGUCGCCUCUAGCCUGUGGAAUCAUCACUGGGAAGUAUGAGAAUGGUAUCCCAGAAUGCUCCAGGGCCUCCAUGAAGCCGUAUGCCUGGUUGAAGGAGAAGAUAGUGAGUGAGGACGGGAGGAAACAACAGGCCAAGCUGAAGGAGCUGACUACCAUCUCUGAGAAGCUGGGUUGCACUCUGCCACAACUAGCCAUCGCCUGGUGCCUGAGGAAUGAAGGAGUGAGCUCAGUGUUGCUGGGAACAUCCAACCCCAUCCAGCUUGCAGAGAACCUGAGGGCCAUGGAGGUCAUUCCAAAGAUGACCGCAGGCAUUGUCACAGAGAUUGACCACAUCUUGGGAAACCGACCGCACAGUAAGAAGGACUUUCAUCAAGCACAUUAGGAUAGAACUGUGAUUGAUAGGCCUAAUCUGGACAAGUUCUCAUCAGUGGCACCUCCAGUGUGUGCCCAACCCUGCUCUUGUGUAUGUGUGUGUGUGUUCUGCACAGCUCCUCCUCCUGCCUUGUCCGUACGAAGAUCAACCUGUACUCAAUGUCGUUAACUGAGAGCUCUACUUGACAAAGCAUGCAUGCCACAGCUCUGCUACAGUGCAGACAGUUUAAACUUGCCUAAACAAUCAUCGUUAUCAAGAUGUGCUCAUAAAAAAAAAUACACCAUUUCUUGAAUAGGGUCCAUCUGUUUGUAAAAGUAGUCUUUCUCUUGAUUUGAGAGCAACUUCCUCUGUCUCUGUAACGUCAGAGGAUAGUGUAUAGUGCAUUUCAAACAAUGAUUCAUCCUCAGAGCCACCAAUGAGCUUUAAAAGCAUGUCUGCAAUACAUUUUUAGACAGGCAUGGAUCAGGGGAGGUUAAACAUAAUUCCAAGCCACUAAAUAUCCCUUUGAGUAUGGACACGUAUGUUAAUUCAUCUCUGGAUGGUGUAUCAUAUCACCCAGACACUGCAAAGAUCUGGCCACCCUUCCUAAAUGUGAUGUGGCCGAGAAUGGAAACUGCCCAGGGAUAUCACUAUGAGGCUAAAGACGUACAUGGAUCAACAACAUCACAUUCACUCCAUAUUACUGGCAUGUAUGACAAAGAAAAAGAAAGAAGCCUGUGCUAAACAAUCCAUUCUAAAUUAUCCAUCCAGUUUGCAACAAGGCCAUUAAGUAAUACUGCAAUACAUCAUGGCAAAGAAAUUCACUUUUUGGCCUAAAUAAGAUAACGUUUGGGGCAAAUCCAACGCGACACAUCAGAGAGUGAAAACCUCUGUAUUUCCAAGUAUUGUAGUGGCAGUAUCAUGUUAUGGGUAUGCAUGUCACCGGCAAUAUCUGGGGAGUAUGUCCAGAUCAAAAUAAAUAUAAAGGGAGCAAAGCAAAUCUAAAAUUUUACAGGAAAACAUGCCUCAUUCCUCUGAAGACCUAACACUAUGACACAACGUCGACUGAAGGUGGCGCCUCUCCCCGUUCGGGCGGCCUACUAGCUGCCACCGAUCCUCUGUUCAUUUUCCUUUUGUUAGGUCUAGUUUAGGUUUGUACCUGUGUUGUGUUAGUUCAUUAGUGGGGGGGUUACUAAGUAUUUCUGUUUAGGUUUGUUUUUUGUGCGUGAUUGUUUUCGUCAGGUUGGUUAGGCUGGGGUUAGGUGUUUUUCCUCUGCCUGUGUAUUUGUAAGGCUGAUGAGUUUGGGCUGCGCCCCUACUCUGUUUCGGGCUCAUACUGUUGUUUUUGUAUUGCUGCCCGCCUUGCCUGUUUUUGGCUAUUUGAGGAUUACGCCCAUUAAACGUGUGUUCACGGACAUUUGUCUCCUGCGCCUGACUUCACUCCUCCUGUUUCCUUGAGUACCCCCUUGACACACUUGGAUAUAAUUGUAUUUUUCAGAGGGAAAUGUAUAUGAAUUUUAAGGCCAAAAACACUCCAGAAUGGCUUUCGAAUAGAUGUUUAGUGUUCCUUAGUGGUCCAGUCUCAGCCUUGACUUGGCCUAAAUCUGCUUUAAAUCAGAGACAAGAUUUGAGUAUUGCUAUACAUGUCAUCGACGUGUGUGUAGGUGGCAAGGAAGUCAGGCGCAGGAGAAACCAACUUGGUAUAACUGGAGUUAUUUAAUAAAGAAUAAACAAACACGAACUCCAAAACCAACGUACAUAAAACGAACAUGGGUAAAAAAAAAUACCCCUAGCCCACCAAUACAAAAUACACGAAACC